AUGGGUCCAAUAUCUCGUGACCGUCGUGAUAUAUAUUAUAGGAAAGCAAAGGAAGAAGGAUACAGAGCAAGAAGUGCAUAUAAAUUAAUACAAUUAGAUCAGCAAUUUAAUUUCCUUUCUCCUCCUUAUCUACAAUUUAAUGAUAUAUAUAAUACUACUAGCAGCAGCAGCAGCAGCAGCAGCAGCAGGAGUAGCAGCAGAAGCAGCAGCAGAAGCAGCAGCAGGAGUAGCAGCAGAAGUAAUAAUGAUGAAGAAUAUACUCAUUGGCCUUCCUGUCUUCCUCCUUCUCCUACAGCAGCAGGAGCAGCAGCAGCAGCAGGAGCAGCAGCAGGAGCAGCACCAUCAUCAUCAUCAAGAACAAGACGAUCACGAAGAAGAUCAAAGAAGAAAUCACAAUCAGCAGCAGCAGCAGCAGCAGCAGCAGCAGCAGCAGCAAACAGCAGCAGCAGCAGCAGCAGCAAGAGUAUAUUUGAUUACCCACAUAGGGCAGUAGAUCUAUGUGCAGCACCAGGUAGCUGGAGCCAGGUACUAAGGAAACGUUUAUGGGCUAAUUAUUCCCUUAAGGUUAAUGAAUAUAAUAGAUUGCUGCAGCAGCAGCAGCAGCAGAUACUGCAGCAAUUACUGCAUCAACAGCAGCAACACGACAAACAGCAACAGCAACAGCAGCAGCAGCAGCAGCAGCAGCAGCAACAACAACAAGAAGAAUAUAAUGCAACAAAUACAGCAGCAGCAACUAAUAAUACAUCAAUACAAACAGCAACAGCAACAGCAGCAGCAGCAAGGAUAGCAGCAGCAGAAGAAGCAGCAGCAGCAGAAGCAGCAAGAAUAUUAGGUCCUCCUCCUCCUCCUCCAAUAAUAGUAGCAGUAGAUCUACAAGAAAUAGCACCAAUAGAUGGGGUGUACGUACACCGUGGGGAUAUAACAAAAGAAGAAACUAUACAAGAAAUAUUAUUAUUAUUAAAUAAAAAUACACCACCAACACCAGCAGCAGCAGCAGCAGCAGCAGCAGCAGCAGGAGGUGCAACAGCAGCAACAGCAGCAACAGCAGCAACAGCAGCAACAGCAGCAGCAGAUAUAAUUGUAUGUGAUGGUGCACCAGACAUAACAGGUAUAAGAGAUAUAGAUGACAAACCUGCUGCAUCGAGGAGCAGCAGCAUAGAGGCAUUCCUUGUUUGUCAAGGUUUCUCUCCUAAUCUAUCUCUUAUCUAUAAUCCUUAUCAUUAUAAAUCUAUUCCUCCUCCUCUUGCUGCUCCUCCUCCUGCUGCUGCUGCUCCUCCUCCUGCUGCUGCUGCUGCUGCUAAUCCUCCUCCUGCUGCUGCUGCUGCUGAUGUUGAUGAUGAUGCAGCAGCAGCAGCAGCAGCAGCAGAUAGUGCUGUAGAAAAGAAAGCUGUAGAGGAAGAAGAUAUAUCAUUAGAAUCAGCAGCAGAUACAGCAGCAGCAGCAGCAGCAGCAGCAGCAGCAAAUACAGCAGCAAAUACAAUAGCAGCAGAAGAAGAAGAGGAAGAAGAAAGAGGAGGAGCAGCAGAAUUACCUGCAGAUAUAUGGUUAAAUAAAGUAUUAGGUGAAUUAAUACCAUUUAUAAGUAGUGGGGAUAUAAAAGAAGACAUGGAUGCAGAUAAAAAUUAUAUUUUAUCCAGGUGUACGUACACCCCAAUUAAACCUAUACAAUUACCUACUAUUCCUCCUUAUAAGGAAGCUAUAUUAAGAAAAAGAGGUCUAUUAUCCUAA